AUGGGCGAGUCUGACAAAGAGAUGACCAAACUUGAGCUCAACCACGACCUCAAAUUAGUACUCAUGCCAUCCAUCACGCAAGUAGAAGAGCUAAGCGUGGCUGAACGUGAUGCAAAGAUCUUGCGGUAUCUGUCUUUGCCGGCAGACAACGAGCCCAGUCCAAGCAAAGAUCCAAUAGGCUUUCUCAAACAAUACAUCAGCAUCUUACCCCCGUCCUUACUUCAGCUAUGCUUUUCCGAUGUCCUGACACCACUCGAACGGUCCAAGAUACCCGCUAUUCGCAAUAGACGAUUGGAUUAUCAUUCGAGUGCCCCUGCCCAACUAUCUUUUCCUGUCGCAAGAAACAAAUGGGUUACACUAUGGGACGAAGUAGCUCCAGCCGGUGCCGUCCUCAGAGAAGAUUGGCGAGAUCAGGCCAAAGAGGGCCGAAGGGAUGAAGAGACGUGGGCAGAGAGUAACUUUCUAGCCGGUAAAACGUUGGCUGGGGAACGAAAUCGACUGGGAAAGUUACUUGGCGGAUAUGAAGAGGAGCGAGAGCUCGAGGGGAGUGACGAGGAGGAGGAGGAGAUGGACGACCAAGACGUUGUCGGUGGCGAACGCGGAUGGAACAGUGGAGAUAAUGAACAAUUGCGACGGGUGUUUGAGCGCGUCUUGAAAGAGAGGCUAAUUGAUGGCCUUUUGGAGAACUUUGACUAUGACGCCGUCGACUGGGACAGUAGAUGGGACAAGCAGUCUAGAGAUGAUGAGGAGAGGUGGUUUGACGAAGAUGACGAAGAUUAG